GGAGCCGCUCUCCUGCACGCCCGCCAGCCCGGCCCGGUUGCGUCUCACGCACACACUUCGCUUGCUGGGCCAAAACAGCGGAGGGCGGCUAGGCGGCGCGAUGCUAAACUUUUACCCUUCUCUCCCGAAGGAUAAGGGGGAGCCAGGAGUCGGUAGCCCAAGCAAGAGAGCGAGGAGAGGGCUGGGCUGAGAGGCUGUGGACGUGUCGAUCUCGCCCGACGGGCGGCAGCGCCUAGUCGCGCUUCGGCGGAGGUUUGGCGCGACUCCCCCACUCACGCGCCCUCCAGGCUUGGGGUUCGGAUCGGAUUGAGCUCGGCUGUGCUCGUUGCUGCCAGCACGUCGAAGCACCCUCCUGAGGGAAUGCCGGUCCCUUCGCUGCCGCUGCCGCCGCCGCCACUUCUCCACCGAUUCCUUCUUCCUUGCUCGCUGGUAGCGGCGGCGGCAGCCACAAGUGUUUGCGCUCCCGGAGCCCAGACCUUGUAGUCCCGCGUCCCGUCCCCGCAGAGGCCGUCCCCACGGUGGAUGCGCUACUGUCCGGACCAGGAGGACGGUAUUCCUGCCGACGCCUUUCUCGUCCGGUGGUCCGGCUGCCUGCCUGCCUGCCUGCCUCCCCGAAGGUGGAGGAGUACCUCCAGGCGCCUGCGGCGGGGCUCGGGCAGCGCUCUCCUGAGGAUGAGCGCUGGGAAAGUUCUCCUGAUGUGCCUGGUCCUCGGUCCAGCCUCCCAAACGAGGGCAGAGAGCACAGAGGAAUAUGACUACGAUUACCUCAGCAACACCAACAAAACCUGGGUCCUGACCCCCAAAGCCCAGGAGACGGAUGCCACACAGAUCCUCAACUCCCUCCUCCAGAACUAUGACAACAAGCUGCGCCCCGAUAUCAGCAUCAAGCCCACUUUCAUUGAUGUGGACAUCUAUGUAAACAGCAUUGGGCCUGUCUCUGUGAUCCACAUGGAAUACACCAUUGACAUAUUCUUCGCCCAAACGUGGUAUGACCGGCGCCUUCGCUUCAACAGCACCCUCAAAGCUCUCACCCUCAACACCAAUAUGGUGAGCCGGAUUUGGAUCCCAGACACCUUUUUCAGGAACUCUAAGAGGGCUGACUCCCACUGGAUCACCACCCCCAACCAGCUGCUCCGGAUCUGGAAUGAUGGGAAAGUCCUCUAUACGCUCAGGUUGACCAUUGAAGCUGAGUGCCUCCUCCAGCUGCAGAACUUCCCAAUGGAUACCCACUCCUGCCCUCUGGUCUUCUCCAGCUAUGGCUACCCACGAGAGGAGAUCAUCUACCGUUGGAGAAGGUACUCUAUUGAAGUCUCUGACCAGCGAACUUGGAGGCUCUACCAGUUUGACUUCACAGGUCUUAGGAACACAUCUGAGGUGCUCAGGACAGGUGCUGGGGAGUACAUAGUCAUGACCGUCUCCUUUGACCUGAGCAGGCGGAUGGGGUACUUUGCCAUCCAGACCUACAUCCCCUGCAUCCUGACGGUGGUCCUUUCCUGGGUCUCCUUCUGGAUCAAGAGAGACUCUACACCAGCCAGAACAUCUCUGGGAAUCACCACUGUGCUCACCAUGACUACCCUGAGCACCAUCUCCCGCAAGCACCUGCCCCGGGUCUCGUACAUCACUGCCAUGGACCUCUUUGUCUCAGUGUGCUUCAUCUUCGUCUUUGCAGCCCUCAUGGAGUAUGCCACCCUCAACUACCUGGCAGGAAACAAGAAGACAACGCAGCAUAGCAGCAGGAAGCCCAGACUGGCAGCCAGCCAUGCCCACCUGAUGAUGCCCUCCUACACUGCCAUCAACAUCAACAGCCUGGUGCACUGGCCCCCUGAAGUCGAGGGCAACAGUGAAGAGGUGGAGAGCGAAGACCUGGAGCCCUCCUGCUUGGAAGGGAAGGAGUGUCAGCGGUUCUUCUGCUGCAUUGAGGACUGUCAGACGGGCACCUGGCGAGAGGGCAGAAUCCGCAUCCACAUUUCCCGCCUGGACUCCUACUCCCGGGUUUUCUUCCCCACAGCCUUCCUGCUGUUCAACAUUGUGUACUGGAUUGCUUAUCUCUAUCUCUGAGUUUCCUCCAGUAAAGGUCUGCACAAAAGGAGGACUUUGAAGUUCGCCUCUCCUUUCCUCCUCACUUGCCAAAGCUGGGAUUGCAGGGUGCAGCUGCCAGGCCCCUCCAGUCUAAAGAGUUGCUGCCCCUGGAGACUGUGAGGCUUCCCUCUUGACCCAUGUUGGCUAGGACAUGUAAGGGUUUGGGGUUGCUGCAGUGGCCAGGGAGGCUU